GGAAAAAUUACAGAAUUCUCUGGUUUGCGUGCGUCAAACGUAGGUUUUUGGUGGUGUCCGUUAUUCAUGACUGUUUUUCAAACAUGAAUACGAUAAGAUUUGUUUAAAUGGAGGAAUGCAUGGUGGAGGAAAGAGAGAAGAAAUAGUUCUCCAACUUUCUUGAAAGAAUUAAAAAUUUAAUUCUCUUGCAUAUAAGGCUUCCAAUAAUGAUUAAGCAGUUCUUGGUUCUUCAGUGUAAAGCCAUCUGGCAUCUGAAAUGUCCCGCCAACAUACAUCAUCUUCAGCUAAUGGGCAAUUCCAAAAUGUUGAAUCUCCAAGUCCCACCCAUAAACGAAGGGUGACACAGAAUGAAAACCGCAUUACUCCUCCUUCAUCUAUGCCUCACAACCGACGUCAAACUAUCAGUAGUGCAGUGUCAGGAACUCAGAAACCACCUGUUGGCCGUCAGCGCAGACAGUCUCCACAUCGUCUAUCUGGCAGCAUUAUCGUUGCUUGUGGUCAGAAAGGGCAGCCGGAAGCGGGAAGAUUGGAGCGCUCAGUUUCAAAUGUUGGCGAAACAUCAAGUUUAAAAUUGUCACGUCAAACGAGAUCUCCAGAGAGACGAUUGCUUGAACAACAGCAUGCCAAAUUUGUGUCUUCUCAUCACACUACAUGUUUUUCUCAUAGUGGGAAACAUGCCAAAUCUCCUACUGCGACAUCCAUUUCUGUUUCCUCUCUGAAUCGAAACAGAGGACCUCGCAGAGCGAUAGUACGUGUUGCAUCUGCAGAUCUUUCAGAAGGGGGCAGUCAUUCAGAACCCCUGACUACCAAUGUUUCAUCUAUCAAGAAAGGAAGCAUACCUGCUCCCUGGAGUAUGAGCUCUAGAGUUCCUGGUAGUGCCAGAAAAGUUGGUUCUUCAAUUAGUUCUCCAUCGAGGUCAUUAUCUGAACCUCAUGAUGUUUCUUCUGGAAUUGAAUGUCAUGAUUCAUCAUCUCCGAGCUCUCCUCAGAGUGUGCCCAUUUCAGAGAAUAAAGAAAAAGAACUUGACAUGGAGAAAGAGUCCUCUACCAAACUUGUUGAAGGAAAAGCAUUUAAAAAAGUUUCCCCUCGGUACAAUAUCCGCUUGAUGUUAACUAAUUCUGCGUUUUCGAAUGCAGAAGAACCUAUGUGUUGUAUGAAUUCAAGCAUGGUGGAAAAUAAUUCCAAAGAAAAUGAAAUGAAUGAAAUCAGUGAUAAGGGGUUAGGUUCUCAGAAAACAGUUCCGUUAGGCAAAAGUGAAUCUGAUAAGGAUACUAUACAUUUAGAAUCUGAUGUUAGUCCAAAAUUGGAGAUGACUUCAGAUGAUUUAGCGUCACUUAAACAAAGGACGUUAUCACCACCUAUAAAGUCCCCACAGAGUGACUCAGAACUAACUGAAUUUGAGAAAAACACAUGCGAGGAAAAUACUGAUGUGAUACUGGAUGGGGAUAAAUCUAUAGUAGCUGAUGAAUUAAAAAUUGUUCCUUUAGAAUCCUCCUCUAGUUCCGAAGUGCGUGAAAAAGAUGAAGCUGAAAAAGCCCAGGCUACAUCGCCGGAUGGCCGAUUUUUGAAGUUCGAGGAGGAAGUGGGACGAGGAUCAUUCAAAACUGUGUAUAAAGGAUUGGAUACAUUGACAGGUGUAGCUGUUGCGUGGUGCGAAUUACAAGAGAGACUGAAUAAGAGUGAAAGACAGAGAUUUAGAGAAGAAGCAGAAAUGUUAAAAGGGCUGCAACAUCCAAACAUUGUACGUUUCUAUGAUUAUUGGGAGAUGGAUUUGCCUCCUAAGGGCAAAUAUCUGGUUUUGAUAACAGAACUUAUGACAUCAGGCACUUUAAAAACGUAUCUGAAACGAUUUAAGAAAAUCAACACUAAAGUAGUGAAAUCAUGGUGUAGGCAGAUUUUAAAAGGUCUUAAUUUUUUGCAUUCUCGGCAGCCUCCUAUAAUUCACCGUGAUUUAAAAUGUGACAAUAUUUUUAUUACUGGAACGACAGGUGCUGUGAAAAUUGGAGAUUUAGGUUUAGCUACGCUCAAAAAUCGUUCUUUUGCAAAAAGUGUAAUAGGAACACCUGAGUUUAUGGCACCUGAAAUGUAUGAAGAGCAUUAUGAUGAAUCUGUAGAUGUGUAUGCAUUUGGCAUGUGCAUUUUGGAAAUGGCUACUUCUGAAUACCCAUAUUCUGAAUGCACAGGCCCUGCACAAAUUUAUAAAAAAGUUACGAACGGAAUUCUGCCUCAGAAUUUUAAAAAGGUCGAGCAACCAGAGCUGAAAGAAAUUAUUGGCAUUUGUAUAUCAUCAACAAAAGAAGAUAGACCUACUGUGAAAGAUCUUCUCCAGUUCGAAUUCUUUCAGGAGGACUUAGGGCUUAAAGUAGAAUUUGUUAACAAAGAAGAAAGUAUUCAAAGUACAUCUAGUAAAGUUGAGUUAUGGUUGCGUUUACUAGAUCCAAAGAAGAGGAAGGAGAAACAUAAAGAAAAUGAAGCUAUACAGUUUGAAUUUGAUAUUGAAACUGACAACUGUGAUGAAGUUGCUCAAGCUAUGGCUAAAAACAAUAUUAUAUUGGAUGAAGACAUUAGAACUGUUGCAAUGCUUAUUCGUAAUCAAAUAUCAUACUUAACUAGAGAAAGAACACGUUACCAGAAUAAAUUGGCUCUCCAGGAGCAGAGUAAUAUGAGUAGAGCAUCUCAACAAACUCAAUUGCAGAAUGUUUCAAUACAAAAUCAACAAGUUCAGAUGACUGUACCUCAGCAGUUCCAAAAUGUAUCUGCACAGCAGCACACAGAGCAACUUUCUCAGCAAAAAAUGCAGCAAGAGAUGUUUCAGCAGCAAGUUUUUCAGUCGCAAAUGCAGCAGAUGCAAAUGCAUAUAAAUCAGCAAAUUAAUGCUGUUCCAACACAACCCCAGUUUACUUCUCAGGGUUAUGAAGUAUCUGAUUAUCAAACACAGCCCCAGUUACAUAUGCAAGUAUCCCAGUUUCAAGAUAUUUCAUCACAAGGAGGUCAAAUCCAGUCUAAUCAGAAUCAGCAAAUUUUGUCCCAAGUUACACAUGGGCACAUGCAAGCACAGCAAGCUGUUGUUCAUCCUCAGAUACAACCACAAGUUGUUGCUUCUCAUGUAAUAAGUCAGACUUCCAUUCCCACUUCUGGACCACAGUAUCAAAAUCCACAAGUUUUGCAUCCUCAGCCGAUGACAUCACAGAAUCAAAGCAUAUCAAAUCAAUACCAAGCAUCAAAUCAAGCAUAUUCACAAUAUCAACAUGGUUCCACCUCAAAGUCAGUCAACACAAGUACCUAGGUAUCCUAACCAAGCACCUCUGCUCAAUA